UGUCCCAGGAGGACUCUUCAGUGUCAGUCUACCACAGGUCCACUAUCUGUCACCGGUCUACACACCACCAGACCACGCCUCCUCACUGGCCAAUCACAACCCCCCACAGACCUACACACCACCAGACCACUCCUCCUCACUGGCCAAUCACAACCCCCCACAGACCUACACACCACCAGACCACGCCUCCUCACUGGCCAAUCACAACCCCCCACAGACCUACACACCACCAGACCACUCCUGCUCACUGGCCAAUCACAACCCCCCACAGACCUACACACCACCAGACCUCUACUCCUCACUGGCCAAUCACAACCCCCCACAGACCUACACACCACCAGACCACGUCUCCUCACUGGCCAAUCACAACCCCCCACAGACCUACACACCACCAGACCACUCCUCCUCACUGGCCUCUCACUACCCCUCAUGGACCUCUUCUUCAUCUCCUCCUCACCAGCUUUCUACCCCCAACUGUCUGGUGUUUAACACUUACCCCAGUCUGGUGUUUAACCCUUACCCCAGUCUGGUGGUGUUCCACCCUUACCCCAGUCUGGUGUUCCACCCUUACCCCAGUCUGGUGUUUAACCCUUACCCCAGUCUGGUGGUGUUCCAUCCUUACCCCAGUCUGGUGUUCCACCCUUACCCCAGUCUGGUGUUCCACCCUUACCCCAGUCUGGUGUUCCACCCUUACCCCAGUCUGGUGUUUAACCCUUACCCCAGUCUGGUGUUCCACCCUUACCCCAGUCUGGUGUUUAACCCUUACCCCAGUCUGGUGUUUAACCCUUACCCCAGUCUGGUGUUCAACCCUUACCCCAGUCUGGUGUUUAACCCUUACCCCAGUCUGGUGUUCCACCCUUACCCCAGUCUGGUGUUCCACCCUUACCCCAGUCUGGUGUUUAACCCUUACCCCAGUCUGGUGGUGUUCCACCCUUACCCCAGUCUGGUGUUUAACCCUUACCCCAGUCUGGUGUUUAACCCUUACCCCAGUCUGGUGUUUAACCCUUACCCCAGUCUGGUGUUUAACCCUUACCCCAGUCUGGUGUUCCAUCCUUACCCCAGUCUGGUGUUUAACCCUUACCCCAGUCUGGUGUUCAUUCCUUACCCCAGUCUGGGGCCCUAA